AUGCACACUUGCUGCCCCCCACUAACUUUGGAACAGGACCUUCACAGAAAAAUGCAGAGCUGGAUGCUGCAGACUCUAGCUUUUGCUCUAACAUCUCUCGUCCUUUCGUGUGCAGAAACCAUCGAUUAUUAUGGGGAAAUCUGUGACAAUGCAUGUCCUUGUGAGGAAAAGGAUGGCAUUUUAACUGUGAGCUGUGAAAACCGGGGGAUCAUCAGCCUCUCUGAAAUUAGCCCUCCCCGUUUCCCAAUCUACCACCUCUUGUUGUCUGGAAACCUUUUGAACCGUCUCUAUCCCAAUGAGUUUGUCAAUUACACUGGGGCUUCAAUUUUGCAUCUGGGUAGCAAUGUUAUCCAGGAUAUUGAGACUGGGGCUUUCCACGGGCUGCGGGGUUUAAGGAGAUUGCAUCUGAACAAUAAUAAACUGGAACUUCUACGUGAUGAUACCUUCCUUGGCUUGGAGGGCCUGGAGUACCUACAGGUCGAUUACAAUUACAUCAGUGUCAUUGAACCCAAUGCUUUUGGGAAACUGCAUUUGUUGCAGGUGCUUAUCCUCAAUGACAAUCUCUUGUCCAGUUUACCCAACAACCUUUUCCGUUUUGUGCCCUUAACGCACUUGGACCUGCGGGGGAACCGGCUGAAACUUCUGCCCUACGUGGGGUUGUUGCAGCAUAUGGACAAAGUUGUGGAGUUACAGCUGGAGGAAAACCCCUGGAAUUGCUCCUGUGAGUUGAUCUCUCUGAAGGAUUGGUUAGACAGCAUCUCCUACUCGGCCCUGGUGGGGGAUGUGGUUUGUGAGACCCCCUUCCGCUUACACGGCCGGGACUUGGACGAGGUGUCCAAGCAGGAACUUUGCCCAAGGAAACUUAUUUCAGACUAUGAGAUGAGGCCGCAGUCGCCUUUGAGCACCACGGGGUAUUUACAUACCACCCCGGCAUCGGUGAAUUCUGUGGCCACUUCUUCCUCUGCUGUUUACAAACCCCCCUUGAAGCCCCCCAAGGGGACUCGCCAACCCAACAAGCCCAGGGUGCGCCCCACCUCUCGGCAGCCCUCCAAGGACCUGGGCUAUGGCAACUAUGGCCCCAGCAUCGCCUACCAGACCAAAUCUCCGGUGCCUUUGGAGUGUCCCACCGCGUGCACUUGCAACCUGCAAAUCUCCGAUCUGGGUCUCAACGUCAACUGCCAGGAACGCAAGAUCGAGAGCAUCGCGGAGCUGCAGCCCAAGCCCUACAACCCCAAGAAGAUGUAUCUGACGGAGAACUACAUCGCCCUGGUGCGCAGGAGCGACUUCCUGGAGGCCACCGGGCUGGACCUUCUGCAUCUGGGCAACAACCGCAUCUCCGUGAUCCAGGACCGCGCCUUUGGGGAUCUCACCAACCUGAGGCGCCUCUACCUAAAUGGCAACAGGAUAGAGAGGCUGAGCCCGGAGUUGUUCUAUGGCCUGCAGAGCCUGCAGUAUCUCUUCCUCCAGUACAAUCUCAUACGCGAGAUUCAGUCUGGGACCUUCGAUCCGGUCCCCAAUCUCCAGCUGCUAUUCCUGAAUGACAACCUCCUGCAGACCAUGCCCUCAGGCGUCUUCUCAGGCCUGACCCUCCUCAGGCUGAACCUGAGGAGUAACCACUUCACCUCCUUGCCGGUGAGUGGAGUUCUGGACCAGCUGAAGUCGCUCAUCCAAAUCGACCUGCACGACAACCCUUGGGAUUGUACCUGCGACGUGGUGGGCAUGAAACUGUGGGUCGAGCAGCUCAGAGUGGGCGUCUUGGUGGACGAGGUCAUCUGCAAGGCGCCCAAGAAGUUCGCUGAGAUGGAUAUGCGCUUCAUUAGGUCGGAGCUGCUGUGCCCAGACUACUCUGACGUGGAGGUUUCCACGCCCACGCCCUCCUCCAUCCAGGUCCCCGCGAGGACCAGCGCGGUGACCCCCGCCGUGCGGUUGAACAGCACCGGGGCCCCCGCGGGCUUGGGCGCGGGCGGAGGCGCGUCCUCGGUGCCCUUGUCCGUGUUAAUCCUCAGCCUGCUGCUGGUUUUCAUCAUGUCGGUCUUCGUGGCCGCCGGGCUCUUCGUGCUAGUCAUGAAGCGCAGGAAGAAGAAGCAGAGCGACCACACCAGCACCAACAAUUCCGACGUGAGCUCCUUCAACAUGCAGUACAGCGUGUACGGCGGCGGCGGCGGCGGCGGCGGCGCUGGAGGCCACCCGCACGCGCACGUGCACCACCGCGGGCCGGCGCUGCCCAAGGUGAAGACGCCCGCAGGCCACGUGUACGAGUACAUCCCCCAUCCGCUGGGCCACAUGUGCAAAAACCCCAUCUACCGCUCCCGAGAGGGCAACUCCGUGGAGGAUUACAAAGACCUGCACGAGCUCAAGGUCACCUAUAGCAGCAACCACCACCUGCAGCCGCCUCCGCCGCCGCCGCCGCCGCCGCAGCAGCAGCAGCAGCAACAGCCCCCGCCGCAGCUGCAGCUGCAGCCGGGGGAGGAGGAGAGGCGGGAAAGCCACCACUUGCGGAGCCCCGCCUACAGCGUCAGCACCAUCGAGCCCCGGGAGGACCUACUGUCGCCGGUGCAGGACGCCGACCGCUUUUACAGGGGCAUUUUGGAACCAGACAAACACUGCUCCACCGCCCCCGCCGGCAGUAGCCUCCCGGAAUAUCCCAAAUUCCCGUGCAGCCCCGCUGCUUACACUUUCUCCCCCAAUUAUGACCUGAGACGCCCCCAUCAGUAUUUGCACCCGGGGGCAGGGGACAGCAGGCUGCGGGAACCGGUGCUCUACAGUCCCCCCAGUGCUGUCUUUGUAGAACCCAACAGGAACGAAUAUCUGGAGUUAAAAGCAAAACUAAACGUUGAGCCGGACUACCUCGAAGUGCUGGAAAAACAGACCACAUUUAGCCAGUUCUAAAGGCAGAGAAACUCCCUUGGAGCUUUUGCGUUUAAAACCGACAAGCAAGCAGACACACACCGCAAACACAUUUGAUUAAUUGUGUUGUUUCAACGUUUAGGGUGAAGUGCCUUGGCACGAGAUUCUCAGCUUCGGCGGAAGAUACUGAAAGGGUGUGCAAUUUCCUUUUAAUAUUACACGUGGGGAAACAUUUGUGUAAACUGGGCACAUCACUUUCUCUUCUUGCGUGUGGAGGAGACGAAGAGUAGGGCUUUACUGAGGGCAAUUUGCUUCGCGAGUGACUUGUUAAGGGUCUCAGUAAUUUUUGUAGUGGUUGGAAGUGUUAAGAAUGGUGGGAGAUGGUGGCGCAUAGAUUCUAUUCUUCCUCUUUUGCUCCCUUCUCCCUCCCCUUCUCCCCCUUUGAGCCAUGGGUGGGUCUAAAUGGCUUUUGUGGAGAGAUUAGCACACCCCAACUUUAAUAGAAGGUUUGUUCUCUCUCUCUCUCUCUCUCUCUCUUUCUCUCUCCCCACCCCCCUUUCUGCUUCCUCUCUUUCUCUGCCUCCCUGCCUUUUCCUCCUCUCUCAUUCCUUUCCUUUCUUUUUAAAGGAUGUGUUUGUAUACAUUCUGGACAUUUGAAUUAAAAGAACAAACGUAUUGUGAUCUUGAAAAGAUCACCAUAGAUGUGGACAAAUCAUUAAAAUUACAGAGUUAUAUGAUCCAUAAUUGAUUAGUCAAAAUAACUUAUUGAUGAAAUAUACAAAUAUUUUAUUGUAGCACCUAUUUUUAUAUGCACAUUUAGCAUUUCUCUUUCCUUCAGUAUUUAGCCUAUGAUUUUCACAGAGGUGUCACACUAUAUCAGGAGCUGCAUUUCCAAAACUGAAGUGAUAUCAGGAAGGCAUUUUAAAUCAUUAAAAUAUGGAGAACUUAAUGGCAGAAUCUUAAAAGUCAAUGCAACCCACCCAAUUGGAUCUGUAAUUUAAAACAAACAAACAAACAAACAUUGUAUCCCAAUGUAUAAAAGAAAAAGAUUUAGGGCAAUUAAUUGGGCCAUUCCAGUGAGAAUCAUGUGCAAGUUUCUGGUUUUGUUAGAGAAGAUUUAAAAGUAUUUUUAUUAGUCAACCAAAAUGAUGUAUUGAUCUGACUACUAUUGUAGCCGAUUUUUGAUUGUUUAACCAAACCCAGUUGCAUUUGUACAGAUCCACGUGUACUGGCACCUCAGAAGACCAAAUGAUGGACUGUACAAAUCUCUAUACAAUGUCUUUAUCCCUCUGGGCAGCAAGCAAUGAUGAUAGCCACAAACAGGAUAUCUGUAAGAUGGGGCUACUGUUGUUACAGUCUCAUGUAU